CUGGCCAAACAAUAAGACUAGAAUGUAUAUAUUGGAAAAUACAGGGGCUUUCAUUCGAGAACAUGGUCUUCAAAAAGGAGAUUUGUUGAUGCUAUAUGAAGAUGAAGAUAGAUAUGUGAUCAGAGGUAUGAAAGCAACUCACUCGGAAGAAAUUAAUUCAUCUCCAUGUAAGACUGAGCCAAAGUUGGAAUCUAGUGAAGAUGGAGGUGACCAAAUCCCAGUUGAGGAUAGCAUUCUUGUUUCACAAGGUAUAGAAAAUACAAGCAUACCUGAAACUACUCAUGAAAUGAACCAGAAUGUCUUAUCAAUAAAAGGAGAGGAGGUGAAUAUCAUGGCUCAUGAACCUAAACCUCCAUUGAUAGAAAAUAUGCCUUUUGAAGAGAUUGAAUUUCCAUUGAUAGGUAAUACGCCUUUUGAAGAGUCUGACGAGUCUGAAGUUCCAUUGAUAGCUGAUAUGCCUUUUGAAGAGUCUGAAGAGUCUGAAGUUCCAUUGAUAACUAAUCCGCGUUUUGAAGAGAGAGAAAUAUUUUCUUCAUUGGAGGACCUGUGGUAUUUACCUUCUUAAGGCAACAAAUUGGAGGGUAUCCUAAACUAACCCACCCUAAGUAUAAGAGAUCAAUUAUUGAUUAACCAUGGAGGUUUAAUUUUUCUUUAUUAUUUUUAUAUAUACCUAUUGAUAUGGUUCAUAUGUUUCAGGAACUUAGUAAGUUAUGGUUUCAUUAUAUAUCUAUUGACAUAGUUCUUAUGUUUAA